AUGGAGGGCAUGUACCUGGACAGGCUGAAUUACGACUUCAAAGUAAAAGACGUCGUUAACAUAAGAAACAUAAAUUUAGAUGCGAAAGAAGAUACUAUAGAAAAUUUUCAUGAUCAAAUUUUAUUAAAAGAAGAAAAGAAUUAUUUAAAAAGAACAGGUUUAAUAUAUGGAACCCAGGAAGUGUUCAAGAAUAUAAUGGAUAGAGAUAUAGUAGCUAUGUCUAGAAGAUUACCAGGGAUCAAAAGUAGUUUACUAUCGCUAGAUGUUAUGAGAAAUUCGAUAGAAAGAGUAGAAUCACACGAGUAUAUGGAAAAAAUGGCCGAUCAAUGCUUAGAACCCUUAUGGAUGACUAUAGAGAAAAAGAUGAACAUGUAA